CAUGCAUUUUAAACCGCGCGCGACGAAUUAGGAUAUCGAAAGAAAAGGUUCUCCAAAAUGUCUUCAUCAGAUCGGGAUAGAAAUCGCUCUGGAAGAGGCCAACAGGGCCCGCAAAGCAGUGCCGACAAACCACCUAAUAGUCGUCUAUUCAUAAUUUGCUCGAAACAUCAAACAGAGUCCGACUUGAAGGAAUAUUUUGGGCAGUUUGGGGAAGUGGAAGAUGUGUUUCUCGUCAAGGAUAAGAUGACGCGCGAGCCGAAGGGAGUCGCCUACGUGAAGUUCGCCAAGUUCUCGCAAGCAGCAAAGGCGAUGGAGGACUCAGACGGCAAGCGAGUGAUGAACAUGAGCAAGCCAAUUAAGGUUAUCAUUGCCAACUCCAGAGGCUCACAUAGCUCUAAAGACAUUGAUGAAAAGACGGAACUAACCCGGCUCUUUGUGGUUGUACCAAGUUCAUAUGAUGAUGAUGAAUUGUAUAAGAAAUUUGAUGAGUACGGCGAGAUCGAUCAUGUGACCAUCAUAACGGACAAAAAGACCGGAGCAAACAAGGGAUUUGGUUAUGUCAAGUUCAGGAGAGUUUCAGGGGCUGCCAAUGCACUUGAAAAUUGUGAUCGAAGCUUCAAGGCGGUCAUGGCCGAGCCACGCCGAUCGGAGAAGCGAAGCCGAGACGACGUCUUCGAGAGGGACUACCCCCGGUCGUCGGAUCACGACCGCCUGGACUAUGGCCGUCCAGACUACCUGAGAUACGACCACCUCCGCAAGGACUACGGCAGGAGCUCCGACGUGGGGAGGGCUUCGGACUACGGACGGUUUGGCCACGGCAGAGUGGAGAGUGAUUACCCCAUGCGAGGGGAGUACACCUCACCCACCGCCCUACCAAGGCCCACCGCUCCUCAGGUCGGCAACUUUGAGGUCGAUGGCAUGUUUUUCCCGCAAGGUCCAGGAAUGCCCACAAAUCUCUCUCCAAGGUUGGUUGCUGACAUCGUUGGUCCUGUCACAGAGACUCAGGUCAAGGGUUUGUUCAGCAUCAUUCCUGGCAUGGAGUACUGUGAUUACAGAGAAGAACAAGUCAGUUGGGGAUAUAAAGGUACUGCUUAUGUACGGUACAGCUCAGCUGCCCAGGCUGCCUAUGCAAAGCAGAAACUUGAUAACUUUGAGUACCCUCCGGGAUGCCCCAUGCAAGUCAAGUUUGUAGAAGACAACUCCUCAACCACAAUCAAUGCAGGAUCGGUUCUUGGAGCAUAUAACCCUCCCGCAGCAGCAAGCCAGCCACCAUCUUGUACUGUGGCGCUACCCCCACUACAGCCCAUGGCAGACCCAGACAGUCCUGUUGAGGAGAGACUGUUCGUGAUCUGUACCCGUCCUCUUCCAGACCCUAUCAUCUGUGACGUCUUCAGGAGGUUCGGAAACUUCAUCAGCUACAAGAAUGUCCAUGGCCGCAACUAUGGCUAUGCCAAGUUUGCCAGAAAGGAAUCGGCUGAAAUUUGUCUCACCACUCUGCAUGGCCAGACCAUAGCUGGUGAGAAACUCAAGGUCAUCGUCGCUGACCCAGAGCCAGAAGAGAGAAAGCGCCCUCGUACGACAUAGAUUGGCCAG